GUAGCAGGGGCAGCAGGGGUCCGUAGAGAGGCAGUGGGUCUGGCCAGGUGAGAGAGAGGCAGGGCGCCCCCUGCUGUCCGAAGGGGUGCUACCCCUUGUUUCUUUUGGUUUUGGGUGUCAACGACUUUUGAGCACUUUAUAUAAACUAGCUCUAGUCCACGCAAGCGUCUGGUCCUUAGAUACGCAUGGACCAAAGAGAGUCUGUUAGAUACGCAUGGACCAAAGAGAGUCUGUUAGAUACGCAUGGACCAAAGAGAGUCUUGUGGUCACAUUGAGAUCCCACUAUAAUUAUUAAGUUUUCUAAUUCCUAAUUCUAUGGGUGGUCAUUUAUUUAGUAUUUUGGAGACAUGACACCCUGUGCAUACAAAGAAAGGUCAUCCAGCACUCUGCUGAUUUUGUAUGUUUGCCCACUGACAAAAGAAAUUAUCAGUCUGUAAUUUUAAUGGUAGGUUAAUUUGAACAGUGAGAGACAGAAUAACAACAAAAAAAUCCAGAAAAACGCGUGUCAAAAAUGUUAUAAAUUGAUUUGCAUUUUAAUGAGGGAAAUAAGUAUUUGACCCCCUCUCAAUCAGAAAGAUUUCUGGCUCCCAUGUGUCUUUUAUACAGGUAAUGAGCUGAGAUUAAGAGCACACUCGUAAAGGGAGUGCUCCUAAUCUCAGUGUGUUACCUGUAUAAAAGACACCUGUCCACAGAAGCAAUCAAUCAAUCAGAUUCCAAACUCUCCACGAUGGCCAAGACCAAAGAGCUCUCCAAGGAUGUCAGGGACAAGAUUGUAGACCUACACAAGGCUGGAAUGGGCUACAAGACCAUCGCCAAGCAGCUUGGUGAGAAGGUGACAACAGUUGGUGCGAUUAUUCGCAAAUGGAAGAAACACAAAAGAACUGUCAAUAUCCCUUGGCCUGGGGCUCCAUGCAAGAUCUCACCUCGUGGAGUUGCAAUGAUCAUGAAAACGGUGAGGAAUCAGCCCAGAACUACACGGGAGGAUCUUGUCAAUGAUCUCAAGGCAGCUGGGACCAUAUCACCAAGAAAACAAUUGGUAACACACUACCCUGUGAAGGACUGAAAUCCUGCAGUGCCCGCAAGGUCCCCCUGCUCAAGAAAGCACAUAUACAGGCCCGUCUGAAGUUUGCCAAUGAACAUCUGAAUGAUUCAGAGGAGAACUGGGUGAAAGUGUUGUGGUCAGAUGAGACCAAAAUGGAGCUCUUUGGCAUCAACUCAACUUGCCGUGUUUGGAGGAGGAGGAAUGCUGCCUAUGACCCCAAGAACACCAUCCCCACCGUCAAACAUGGAGGUGGAAACAUUAUGCUUUGGGGGUGUUUUUCUGCUAAGGGGACAGGACAACUUCACCACAUCAAAGGGAUGAUGGAUGGGGCCAUGUACCGUCAAAUCUUGGGUGAGAACCUCCUUCCCUCAGCCAGGGAAUUGAAAAUGGGUCGUGGAUGGGUAUUCCAGCAUGACAAUGACCCAAAACACACGGCCAAGGCAAAAAAAGGAGUGGCUCAAGAAGAAGCACAUUAACGUCCUGGAGUGGCCUAGCCAGUCUCCAGACCUUAAUCCCAUAGAAAAUCUGUGGAGGGAGCUGAAGGUUCGAGUUGCCAAACGUCAGCCUCAAAACCUUAAUGACUUGGAGAAGAUCUGCAAAGAGGAGUGGGACAAAAUCCCCCCUGAGAUGUGUACAAACCUGGUGGCCAACUACAAGAAACAUCUGACCUCUGUGAUUGCCAACAAGGGUUUUGCCACCAAGUACUAAGUCAUGUUUUGCAGAGGGGUCAAAUACUUAUUUCCCUCAUUAAAAUGCAAAUCAAUUCAUACAAUUUUUGACAUGCGUUUUUCUGGAUUUUUUUGUUGUUAUUCUGUCUCUCACUGUUCAAAUAAACCUACCAUUCAAAUUAUAGACUGAUCAUGUCUUUGUCAGUGGGCAAACGUACAAAAUGAGCAGGGGAUCAAAUACUUUAUUCCCUCACUGUAUAUUGUGAUCACUACAUCUGAUGGAUUUGGAUACUGCUUUAAAGCAAAUUCAUGCAGUAUUAAUACGUUGAUGAUUUCAAUUUGUAACUACCCUGGUAGGUUGACUGAUAACCUGAACCAGGUUGCAGGCACUGGUUACAGUUUGAAACUUUUUCUUGAGUGAUCAGCUUGAUGAAAGCCAGUCAAUAUUGAAAUCACCCAGAAAAUAUACCUCUCUGUUGAUAUCACGUACAUUAUGAAGCAUUUCACACAUACAGUGCAUUCGGAUAGUAUUCAGAAUGACAAAGCGAAAACAGGUUUAUAGAAAUGUUUGCAAAUAUAUUACAAAUAAAAAACAGAAAUACCUUACUUACAUAAGUAUUCAGACCCUUUGCUAUGAGACUCGAAAUUGAGAUCAGGUGCAUCCUGUUUCCAUUGAUCAUCCUUGAGAUGUUUCUACAACUUGAUUGGAGUCCACCUGUGGUAAAUUCAAUUGAUUGGACAUGAUUUGGAAAGGCACACACCUGUCUAUGUAAGGUCCCACGGUUGACAGUGCCUGUCUGAGCAAAAACCUCCAGUGGCCUCCAUCAUUUUUAAAUGGAAGAAGUUUGGAACCACCAAGACCCUUCCUAGAGCUGGCCGCCCGGCCAAACUGAGCAAUCGGGGGAGAAGGGCCUUGGUCGGGGAAGUGACCAAGAACCCAAUGGUCACUCUGACAGAGCUCCAGAGUUCCUAUGUGGAGAUGGGAGAACCUUCCAGAAGGACAACCAUCUCUGCAGCACUCCACCAAUCAGGUCUUUAUGGCAGAGUGGCCAGACGGAAGCCACUCCUCAGUAAAAGGCACAUUAGAGCCCGCUUGGAGUUGCCAAAAGGCUCCUAAAGGACUCUCAGACCAUGAGAAACAAGAUUCUCUGGUCUGAUGAAACCAAGAUUGAACUCUUUGGCCUGAAUGCCGACCGGCACGUCUGGAGCAAACCUGGCAUCAUCCCUACGGUGAAGCAUGGUGGUGGCAGCAUGCUGUGGGAAUGUUUUUCAGCGGCAGGGACUGGGAGACUAGUCAGGAUCGAGGGAAAGAUGAACAGAGCAAAGUACAGAGAGAUCCUUGAUGAAAACCUGCUCAGGACCUCAGACUGGGGCGAAGGUUCACCUUCCAACAUGGCAACGACCCUAAGCACACAGCCAAGACAACCGGGUUCAAGUCCGGGCCCAGCCAGAGCCCGGACUUGAACCCGAUCUAAACAUCUCUAGAGAGACCUGAAAAUAGCUGUGCAGCGACGCUCCCCAUUCAACCUGACAGAGCUUGAUAGGAUCUGUAGAGAAGAAUGGGAGAAAUUCCCCAAAUACAGGUGUGCCAAGCUUGUAGCGUCAUACCCAAGAAGACUUGAGGCUGUAAUCACUGCCAAAGGUGUUACAACAAAGUACUGAGUAAAGGGUCUGAAUACUUAUGUAAAUUUGAUAUUUUGGUUUUGUAUUUUUAAUGCCUUUGCAAAAAUAAAAAAUUAAACAGUUUUUGCUUUGUCAUUAUGGGGUAUUGUGUGUAGAUUGUUGAGGGAAACAACAAUUUAACCAAUUUAUAAUAAGGCUGUCACGUAACAAAAUGUGGAAAAAGUCAAGGGGUCUGAAUACUUUUCGAAUGCACUGUGCAUUUGCUGCAGCAUUAUGACAACUCAGCAACACAAUGGUAGGGAUUAACUGAGCUGGUCUUGGGUCAUUGAUAAGUCACUGUCUCAACGCAGCCUUGAAAUGCAUGGACAGAGUCCAGGAGCCAAGAUGAUUUGGAUGAGCACACACAGUGCCAUUCUAUUCAACUCCUACUGUGGCCAUUCACAGUGGUACAAUAACAUGGGAUGGUCAUUAGGUAGCAUUUUCCUGUGUUCUUCUGUUGUUCCACAGUGACCUGUGACCCCCUGGAGGAAGUCCAGAUGAAAAUAAAUGUUCUAAUAGCUCAGCCGCCCACUGGAAUCAAUACUUACUGUACUGGCAUUAGCACACACACACAAACCUUAUGAUCACUUCUGGCCUUCGCAGUUGGAGAAAAUCAUUUGUGCUUUGUGUGUAACUGACCAACAUCCAUGCAGGUGAUCGAUGAGCAACAUACAGGUAACUGCCAAAAUAAAGGAAGCACGAGUAAAUGAGGGAUACAAAGUAUAUUGAAAGCAGGUGCUUCCACACAUUAUUUUGGCUACCAUGGCUAGAAGAAGAGGUAUGUGUGAAGGGGUCUCCAAUGAGCAGAGGUGUGUGUGUGUGUGUGUGUGUGUGUGUGUGUGUGUGUGUGUGUGUGUGUGUGUGUGUGUGUGUCCGUCACCAGAUCUCAACCCAAUUGAACACUUAUGGGAGAUUCUGGAGGGGCGCCUGAAACAGCGUUUUCCACCACCAUCAACAAAACACCAAAUUAUGAAAUUUCUCAUGGAAGAAUGGUGUUGCAUCCCUCCAAUAGAGUUCCAGACCCUUAUAUAAUCUAUGCAAAGGCGCAUUGAAGCUGUUCUGGCCGUUCGUGGUGGCCCAACGCCCUAUUAAGACAUUUUAUGUUGGUGUUUCCUUUAUUUUGGCAAUUACCUGUAGGUCUGCCUGCCGGACUGUGAUCAGAAAAGAAAAUACUUUCCCCACCCACUCACGGAACAUAAGUAACCACACAUGAAAGCAGUAGCCUAAAUGUCACAAUUUACCACCAUCACACAAAUAGAUGAGAAAUCUGAGCUCAGAUUAGAUUACAGCAAAAUCACACCAGUGCCUUUAUAUGAAAAAACUACACUUCAAACAAGAUUAGGAUGAUACAUGGUCGCUUUCCAGCUUCCAGUGCAAUUCCUUACUUAUUGCAGCAAUAAAAUAAACUGCAAACGGAAGCAAGCAGUCAGCAGUCUCCUCCUCCUCUGCAUCCAAAAUUAUUCAAUGUUGUUCCAAAUUAUUAAUUCAAUGUUGCAUACAGAGAGUUAGUUGUUGAAAACCAAUAAGGCUUUGUACUAUCGACCAGUAGACUGACACUAUCUGAGACUAAGAGAGUGUCGCCUUGUCCACAUGGUUGAUUAAUGGUCAUUUUAUCCGAGCAGAAGAAAACUGGACUUGGUGUCUCUCCGUAUUGUGUGGUGUCCCUGUGCUGUACAUGCUCUAUUUGGUGUUCACUAUUAGGACAUCUUGCCAAGUCAUCUAUACACACACACAAGAUUGACUGUAACAAGCUUUCUCCUCAAUCCCUCUUCGCCCCUCAAAUCCCAUUUAUUUCUCGGUUUGAUCCGUCCGCCCACGUGGCCUAAGAAUAGCUUUGCCGUUCAUAGCUCAUUUAUCUUCAGUGUGACCAAAACACACUGAGGGAAGUCAUUUUCACACAAAUAAGUGGCUCCAGUGUCAAGCAAGACCGUAAUUCUCCCAAUACUUGUGGCUGUAUUAAUGUGUCACUCAGAAAGCGUGCAGUGUGUGUGUGUGUGUGUGUGUGUGUGUGUGUGGCUGUUGCGUGGGCCCAGGGGUCAAGACUAAGUCAAUGGUAACAUUAUUAAACCGAGGAACACCCCCUAGGGUUAUUACAUUUACAUUUACAUUUACGUCAUUUAGCAGACGCUCUUAUCCAGAGCGACUUACAGUUAGUGCAUACAUUAUUCUUUUUUAUUUUCAUACUGGCCCCCCGUGGGAAGUUAUAGUCCAGAUAUGGGCCUCAACCAUCAGCCAAACAAAUGACUAGAGUUCCAGGCAUGAGAGUAGAUUAGAUUAAUGAGAGCUCAUAGGCUAACACAAAAUAAGUUUCAUAAAUACAUUCAAUUGGUUGAUUUAUUGAUUACCCAGUGCAUCUCAUCCUGCUCUCCUCUCUGUUCUCCUCCCACCAACCUCUCUCUUUCUCCUCUCGUCUCCUCUGCUCUCUCUCUUUCUCUCCCCCACUCCAGGUAUGCACAUUCAGUGAAAGAUGGCUCCCAGUACUUCAUCCUCCUUAUCAUCUCGGACGGUGUCAUCACCGACAUGGCCCAGACAAAGGAGUCCAUUGUAAACGUACGUACAUGUCAAAAGUAUUAUUUCCCAUAAUUUACAGUAUGCCACCAGACCUGUAAAAAUAGGAAAGGAGUCCUAGGACUUAAAAUGUGUUUCAAACAUGUCCAUUGUAAACGUGUAUCUUGGGGCUGUUCUAUAUAUAGUUGGUUGGACCCAACGUUGAUAUUGUUAUCGUUUAUGGCACAGGUGUCAAACUCAUUCCACGGAGGGCCGAGUGGCUGCGGGUUUUCGUUCCUCCCUUGUACUUGAUUGAUGAAUUAAGGUCACUAAUUAGUAAGGAACUCCCCACACCUGGUUGUCUAGGGCUUAAUUGAAAGGAAAAACCAAAAACCUGCAGACACUAGGCACUCGAUGGAUGAGUUUGACACCCCUGAUUUAUGGUGUUUUUCUGUCUACGUUGAGAAAUGCUGUUUUGGAAUGGCCUGAUUCCAAAAUUGUGUUACAUAGAGACAGAAUCGCUACUCUGUGUUACACAAGUUUCCCUACAUCCUGUAAUGUGAUUGUGGAGUAAGAUAUGAGAACAAUGAGUACCAAGCAACCCCAGAAAUAGAUGUUCCUCAUAUCUCUGCCAAUUUAAUGGCAAUAAAAAGUUAUGAAACACAGUGAUAACAUCUAUCAUUCUCAUCCAGCCUUUGGCGAAUGGCAACCCACUCAACCCACUAUGCAAUGUAAUAGACAUCCGCUGAGGGAGAGGAUGGAAAUAAGGUUCAUUUAUAAGCUGUCUGGCUGGCUGGGGUUUAGACACAAAUUGUACAUGCAUGAAAUUAGAGAGGUGCUAAUCCAGUAAUUAGUCCUACAAAGGUUCGACAGAUUCUACUACUUUUUCACAAAUAGUUUUUUAGUCCUAUAAAGGCUCAGCAGAAGAUGGAAACCAAAUCGCAUAAAGGAGCAGAAUUGGAAAACAUUAUCCAUCUUAUGACAGUCGAUCUCUGCUGUACCAUUAUAUGAGAAGUAGAGAGGCUAUUACAGUACUUACAGUGUACAUUAAUUGGGAGUGUAUUAAUUGGGAGUAUUUCUCUGACAGCCUGUGGCGUUUUAGAUAACGCUGGUUAUUGACAUUGACGUUGAAAAGAAACUUGUUUCCUCAGGCUCUCUUUUUCUUUGAAACAUCUCUCUCUCUCUCUCUCUCUCUCUCUCGCUCUCUCUCUCUCUCUCUCGCUCUCCUGUCUCCUCUAUCAUCACUCUCGCUCUCUCUUCCCCCCUCCACCUCCAAAGGCGGCUACUUUGCCCAUGUCAAUUAUAAUUGUCGGGGUUGGACCAGCAGAAUUUAAUGGUAAGACAGGAAUAAUGGAAUGUGGGUGGGUGUGUGCGUGCGUGUGCACGCAUAUGUGUUUCUAUGUGUAUUCUCUCAUCUCUUCUCUGUGUUAAAUCCAUUAUUACGCCCCUCACCCGGUUCUCCCUCUCUCUCUUCUCCUUUCCCUCUCGCUCUUUCCUUCCUCUCCCUCUCUCUCAUUUGUUUCCCAUCCGCCACUUUGUUUAUGUCUUUCUAAAUGGCGAUGCUCAUUUGUGACGUUUUACAGUCAUUUGUCAUCAUUUUCAUUCACCUUUAUUUAGGAACAGAUCGAGUCCUCACCUCUCCUCUCUUAUUAUUGGAAAGAGAUGUUUACAAUUCAUAUAACACUACUCCGUAUGGCGCAAGUGGUAGGCAGAUGUUUGCUAAUUCCAUAAGAUCCUGGUUCGAACCCGGCCUCCAGCCGCCGUACCGGGAGACUCACUAAACACCAUUUCAGGGUGGGGAGGAAUGGCCGCUGGAUGAGCACAGAUAGAGCCUGCGUUGCAACGCCAGUUUUGGUUCGAUUCCACGGGGGACCAUAUGAAAAUAAUAUUCACUAACGUACGCUCUGAUAAGAGCGUCAAUGCUAAAUGUAAAUGUAAAGUAGCUCCAUAUAACAGUCCUAGACAAUGCCUCUACAGUCAAGGCUUAAACCACUGUGAUAAAGCAAUGUGCACAUGGUGUCCCCCUGUUCCGCACACAUGUGCUCCCUUACACGUAUCCCAGCACAUACUUCACCAUACGCGCAUCACUCAUCACUCACCCAGUAGCGUGCAAUGUUAAACUUACAACCAAGGAUUUCACCGCUCUACACACAAACACAUUCUCUGUACUCAAACUACAUGGCAGGCAAUGGAACAUUGUCAUCUUGUGUAGUGCGCUUACUGGCUCUCUGUUGUAAUGUAGUGUGUGAAGUCAGUGCACACGGACAACAGUACAGUAUGUGUAGCCUACGAUGUGUCAUGCACCGUGGCACUGAUGAUGUUGACAUGUCGAUGUGGGCUUUGUUCUGACAUGGCAUGGCUGACUGAUGUGAUUCUCUCUCUCUCUCUCUCUCUCUCUCUCUCUCUCUCUCUCUCUCUCUCUCUCUCUCUCUCUCUGUGUCUCGCUUGCUUUUCUUCUCCUCAGAAAUGAUUGAGCUUGAUGGAGAUGAAGAGAGGAUCUCAUCCCAAGGGAGGUUCGCAGAGAGAGACAUUGUUCAGGUAUUAUAGAGCAUUCUCUGUGCCUCAAUGCAUGCCUAUAGAAUGAAAAGCAUAUAUUAAAGCAGAGUUUCAGUGUCUAUGGAAAUAGGCUUACAUUCUAGAAUCAAUAGAAUGUCAUGUAAAUGUUUGUAAAUGUCAUUCUUCCCAUAUCUUCACUUGUAUUCUUUAUUUUUUCCUCCUCCACCUCUUUAUCCAUUGUAUUCCUCUCUAUUCAUUGUUAUCUUUUUCUAACAGAAUUGCUGGACUCUUUCCCUCCCUGUCUCCCCCCACUCCUUCUCCUCCUCCCUACCUCCCCUCCUUCGUUCCUUCUCUCUUCCUCCCCUCCUUUUCUCCAUCCAGUUUGUUCCAUUUCGUGACUACAUCGACCGCAGGGGGAACCACAUUCUGAGUAUGGCCCGUCUGGCCAAGGAGGUCCUGGCUGAGAUCCCUGACCAGUUCCUCUCCUACAUGAGGACCAGGUGCAUCAAACCAGGCCCCUGCCCCCCUGCCUACACCCCCGCCCCCGCCGUGCACCCCCUCCUCACCCGACGGGUCAGCCGAAUCUGA